UUUUGUGUCUCUCACGUAAAGUCAAAACCAGCGAACAAUUAACGAGCACAAACUUGUGCGCAAGCGCAAAACGCACGUACUCGCGAGUCCUGGUUCCAUCUUCAGCCAUCUCUUCGCAAUGCCUCGCUCUCUUCUCCCUCUCCUCUCUCCACGGAGGACAGAUGGGAGGAGACGCUUCUGCUGAACGUGUUGGGUCUGUUUUUUUUUUUAUUCCUGCAGCGGAGAAAACGCCUCUGCUCUCCGUCGGUCACAGGUCCGAUCAUUCACAUCCUCACGCCGCAGGUCUCUCUCUUUCUGCGGGGUGUGCCCGCAUCUUUCUUCUUCUCUUUUGGACUGAGGACAAAUAGUAACUAACUGGAGGCACCGCGGUGUCUUUGUGUGAAAGCCGCUGAAGUGGAUUUAAAUCUUCCUAAAAAUGAGCGUGGGACCAGAUGCGCUCGUCUCAUCCGUUCUCUGGCCGCUGCUUGCGCGGUGACCUGUCCCGGUUUCGGACCGGUUCGACUGAUCCCCGUUCGAUGCUGCAGAAUCCACAGGGACCAAUAAAUAAAGAGAUUUUCCUAGGAACCGGAUUCACCAGCAGCAUCCUGCCAGAUGGAUAACUACUCCGCGUUACCACUGCAGUGUCUGGAGAUGACCACCAAACGGAAGCUGAUUGGCCGGCUGGUGCCGUGCCGCUGUUUCCGUGGUGAAGAGGAAGUGAUCUCAGUGCUGGACUACUCUCACUGCAGCCUUCAGCAGGUCCCAAAGGAAAUAUUCAGUUUCGAGAGAACCUUAGAGGAACUCUACCUGGACGCCAACCAGAUCGAAGAACUACCCAAGCAACUCUUCCAGUGCCAGGCCCUAAAGAAGCUGAGUUUGCCUGAUAACGACCUUUCCAAUCUUCCCACCACCAUCGCCAGCCUGGUUAACCUCAAAGAGUUAGACAUUAGUAAAAACGGAAUCCAGGAGUUUCCAGAUAAUAUAAAAUGCUGUAAAGGCCUGUCUGUGGUAGAAGCCAGCGUCAACCCCAUUACCAAGUAA